AUGUGUUGUGAUGCUGUAAAAGGGUAUGCGUUGGAAAAUGGUAGGAAUAUAAAGUUUGUCAAAAAUGACAAUAGAAGAUUGAGGAUGAAGUGCUUUGGUGCAAAAGGAGAAUGCCCAUGGACCAUAUAUUGUGCUUAUAUGGAGGCUGAAAAAUCAUGGCAGCUGAGAACUAAAAAUGACAUUCACACAUGUAGCAGGGAGUCCAAUCUCAAGUUACUUGACGCCAAGUGGAUGAGCUCAAAGUUGGAGAAAACAAUAAGGGAAAAUCCUAAAAUGAAGGGUGUAGAUAUUCGUGAAAAAGUUCAAAGGAAGUGGAACAUUGGUAUAUCUAGGGGUAUGGCUUAUAGAGACAAAGCUAUUGCUUCUGAGCACAUUGAUGGGUCCUUUAAAGAACAAUAUAAGAAGAUAUAUGAUUAUGCACAUGAGUUGUUGGGAAGAAAUCCUGGAUCUACAGUUAAAGUGGUUGUUGAGACUAAUGAGGAUGAGGUAAUUUUCAAGAGAUUUUACUGUUGUCUGAAGGCAUGCAAAGAUAGUUUUGUGUGUCGUAGGCCAAUAAUUGGACUAGAUGGGGCCUUUUUGAAAGGGAAGUAUGGUGGUGAGUUGUUAACAGCUGUUGGGAGAGAUGGACAUGAUCAAAUGUUGCCCAUUAUAUAUGCGGUGGUAGAAGGGGAAAACAAAGAUUCAUGGUCCUGGUUUUUGAAUCUUUUGAUUGAUGAUCUUGGUGGUCAAGAAGGUCUACUACCAGCAAUACAAGAGCUACUCCCCGGUGUUGAUCAGAGGUUCUAUGUCAGACACUUAUAUUCAAACUUUAGGAAGAAAUUUCCUGAUAAAAAUCUGAAGAAACUGAUGUGGAGGGCAGCUACUACCACUCAUCCACAAAAUUGGGAGAGGGAAAUGAGAAAUAUUAAAGAUGUCAAUAAAGAGCAUUCAAGCAUUUGA